AGAGCUCAGGGGACACAGAGGGCUCGGUGAUAGUGAAGUACAGCCUGGCCAAGCAGCCUGUUGAGAACCAGCUGAGCUUCAGUCUUAAGCCUGCAGAGGACACUGGAAUGACCGUCCACAGGCUGGGUGCUCGAACCCUGAUCCAAUCCCUGGAGGUGGAAGAGAGAGAGCAGGAUGGUGAGAAGGAGGGAGUGAAAGAGAAGGUGAUAGAGCUCAGCGUCCAAUCAGGAGUGAGCAGUGCCUUUACUGCCUUCAUCGCUGUCCACAAAGGAGAUGGAGAGGCCCUGCAUGGACAGCUGCUACGCAGACAAGUCCCGACGCCAAUGUUGUAUCACAGCCCCAUGCCCAUGGGUGAUGGGGUUGUGGUAUGGCUCAGUAAGCGCCAUGCCCAUAGAAGGCCUCUGGUUCUGGGUCCUGAGGCAGGGUUGGCUGAGGUGCUGGCGAAGACUGAGGAGGAGAGGUGUCAGCAACAAGCCUGCACAAGGCAUGUGAAGGAGUAA